UUCACUUCACUUUGUGUUUUUUUUCUAAUUUUACUGUCAGUAGGGUUGAUAAAUUAGUGCAUAUUUCGUAUGCAACAGUUAUUUUGACCCAAUAUUGUGCUUUAUUAUGAUCCAAUUUAUCGGUAAAAAGGCCCCAAGUUAGUCUAUUAACUAAAAUCAAUAACAAACAGUCUGCAACAAAGUGAUCAAGAUGAAUUAUGACGCGGAAAGGGCUAUGAAUCAGAAGCGGCUGCGAAUGGAAGGUGAACCGGGACACGGCGUUGUCCAGGGAAACGGAUUGCCGCUUAAUUAUAUAGAUAAUGGUCACCAAAUACCGUAUCAGCCAUACGCGAGUGCGUACAAUACGCACUACCCGCCGCCGGAUGCGUUUGCUGCAUACGGGCCUCCGCCCCCCGGGGGCUACGCGCCUCAGAACCUGUCCUACGCACCUCCCGCGCACCAGAACUAUGCGCAUCAUCAAAGUUUCCCGCCUCAACAACCAACUCAAGCACAGAUUCAUAUGGCACAAUCACAUAUGGUUCAAGGUUACGGAGAUGUUGGUUUACACAAAGCAGCGUGGCCACCACAACCACACUUAUUGCCACCCUUGGACACACAGAAACCACUUGAUAUAAAGCAACUCAAACCUGAAAUCAAACUUGAACCUACUGACACACAUAAAAGGCCACAUCCAGAAAAUGAAAUGAUGAGUCGUGAAAUGGAACAGCCCAAAAUCAAGAUCAAGACAGACAUCUUUAAACCUGAUGAGCUUGUGUUGAGACCUGAACCUGACAAGCCGCAUGAUGCUUCCCUAAUAAUACCAGCAGAUAUCAUCAAGCCUGUUGACCCAUCUAAAGAUGACGUCCAUACAGCUAGAGUUGAAGCUGAUAAACCUAUAAUUGAAUCAGGCAAACCAGAGGGUUCACUAGACACUAGCAAGGAUAUUGCAUCCCCAAAAGAACCCACAGGGGCACCUUCUGAUAAGAGUGAAGAAGACAGAAAACCAUUCAGUAGUCCGGAAGGUGCCAAAAUGGGUUUCACAACGGGGAAAAUGCCACCUGGCUUAGAGCCGAAAAAACGAGGUCGUCCAAAGGGAUCUACCAACAAGCCGAAGCCUCCGGGAACCCCGACCAAGUUGACCCCCCCUACACCAGGCGCGGUGACCCCCCGCGGCCCCCCGCCUCCCGCUCGCCCGGUGCCGAUUGGCCGACCGCGCGCCCCUUCUGGCUACCAAUACGCCAUUCGACCGUUCAGGAAGGACUUCUCUGGGAUACAGUUUAGAAGGCGAUGGAGCGAUGACUGCCUAGAUUCUUCGCACAUUCCGAACGAAGUAUACUUCGGCGACGUGCCCGUCCCGCUCACGGUUCUAUACAACUACUACGACGCGAACGCAGAGCGGGAAAAAUUGGCGACGCAAGCCGCUCAGAUAGCUGCGCAGAAAGCUGCAGCUGCUAAACUGGCCGCUGCUAAGCUGCAGGCCCGAGGGGUCAUGUCUAAUGAGGUUACGACAGUUGAUUCAUCUUCAUCGGAUGACUCGUCCGGAUCCUCCGAGAGCGGGUCUGAAGAAAGCGAUGACGACAUGCCCCUAAAGCGUGGUCCUGGGCGGCCGAAGGUGCCCAAGAGUCCCAAGACGCCGGGAACGCCGGGCAAGCGUGGCCGCCCGCCUGUCCCGCCAGAGUUGCGACAGCCGGGCAUCACGGACAUGAAGAAGUUCUGCAAGGCGGCCGGCAUACGGUUCGAUUACAAGAAGUUGGUUGAAGGUUGCACAAAGAACAAAGAGCGGGUGGAAAAAAUGCAGGCAUUACUUGUGACGGCGGGAUUGGAAGGCAAACCAACGUUAGAAAAGUGUAGAGCGCUGAAACAAGCCAAAAUGGACAAGAAAGAACAAGAGAAACAGGCCAAGAAGGAAGCCAAGGCGACGAAGCACAAAGAGACAGAAGGUGAAGAGGGGUGCGCGCGGCGGAUGACACGUGGGGCGACGGGCGUCAAGCCGCGACAACGCAUCGUCAUAUCAUCUGACGAGGAGGAUGGUACGCCCGCUGCACGCCGCACGCUCUCCAAGCUGCGGUCAAGCGUCAACGACGAGUCAGAUUCAGACUAGGUAAUUCUUGACUUCGCUGCUUGGUGAAGGUGUCUGAUGGACAAUAAAUUGCCGAUACCGUUCCCGGGCAGUGAAAGGACUGUGUGCGGGACCCCUAGAAAGUGCUUCGACGGGGGUCCGCUAGCAAGGGGCGUGAUCGCUUCAAUUCCUACUAAUUUUAGGUCGAAGUGUCGAAAUUUCGAAAAUUCGCGUUGUGUUGUAUGAAGAAUGUGGAAACGAAGGCCAGAUAGAUACGAUAAAGUAAUUUAUAAUCUUUUAUUACAAUUUUAUAUAACCAGCGCCUUUAAAGAAUAGAUUUAUAAAAGGCGUCCGAAGUCGUGCUAUCUCAUUCGCAUGCCCGUAUAUUGUGCGAAAGAGACAGCACUCUUAUAAAACUAUUCUAUAGUUCUUUAAUCGCGCGGGUUAUUCCUAUAUGUUAUUUUUUUAUUUAUUGUGUAGCCUGAAAUUGUUUUAUAUAAAAAUGGUAAAACUUUUACCGUUUAGCAACUCAAUAUAAAUUAUUUUAAACAAAUGGAAUACACAAAAAAUACAUUAUUGGGUAGUGUAGUUUGCCGCAUUGAACAAAAUCAGUAAUUGGUGAUCUUUACCUUAUUUUUCUUUAUUGUUUAUUGAACGUUUCUCUAAUUCUUUACAUGCCCCUCUCUUCAGAGCAACCAAUAUUUACUAACCUUUGCUUGUUGCCUAUUUUAGACUAAACAAUUCUGUCGAAUAAAGUGUGAGUCAAAACCGUGUUACAGAUCAACAUCAACGUUGAAAAUUUUUUAUUUGUAAAUGUUGAUUUGAUUAUGUUUCUAAGCCCAUCAGCCUGCAUUGGAGCAGUAUAGUGGGUCAAAGCACUGUAUCCUGUAUCUCUCCUAAGAGUUUUGUCCUUAUAAGUGAGACAAUUUUUUGGUUGAUGAUUACUAAGUUAAGUUUUCAUCUGUUUAAUUAUGUGAUGAAAAUUACUUUUCAUUUUACAAAAUCAAUUAAACCCAAUACAAUUCAUAUGCUUUAAAUGCGAAUUAUAUGCGUUUUUUUAGGCAGCUCAAUAAAGGCUCGCACAUUCAUUCGGAUGGGUAACGCUACAUAUUAUUAAAUAGGUCUGUAUUAUUUACUGUAUGUGCAGGGUUCAGAUGUCUUCAAUCUUUAAGAGUUAAAAUUAAUUUUAA